CCUUUAUCUUCCUAUUCUGCGCGCUCAUCGGCGUCACUCUGGCAGCGCCAGCUCCGCAACCCGAUUCCCAGUCUGAGCUACAGGCUCGCGAUCAAAAGCAAGUCUACAGUCCUUGUAUUGAAACCGCGCCAACGGGGGCCGGCACACUAACAGCCAGUCCAGGCUCGGUAAGGGCACAAUCUAUCAGCAAUUAGGCGCCUCUGGUUCCUGUGGCAGGAAACUCGGUGACGACGCUAUGAUCGUCGCGCUCAGCAACGCCUGGAUGAAGGGUCAACCUAACGCGCCCUUGUGCGGCCGAAAGGUGAAGGCCACGAACAAGAAAAACGGCAAAACUGUUGUCGUGACUGUUGCGGAUACUUGCGCAGGCUGUGGAGCAAAUGACCUCGAUUUCUCGGUCGGAGCAUGGAAUGCUCUUACCGACAACGCUCCCUGGGGAACGUUUCCCGCCGCCUGGUGCGUUGUUACGAAAGGGGAAAAAAAAAUUGUCCUGCGAUCCCGGAUGCUGAUUCUGAAAUCUUUGCAGGGAUUUUGUAUAAAUGCACGUCCCAGCCCGUUAACAAGCUGGCCAGCGCUGCACGCGUACCGGCUAGGCGGUUGUUCACACCAAGCAGGGCGCAAUUGCGCUCACAUUCCACAGCGUAGAAAUAUUUGCCAGCCAGCCAAGAGGCCGCUUCUGAGUUCAAUCCCAUGACCACAUACAUAUUCAAGUUGUCUUUGCCCCCCUCAGCAUGUCGUUUUCAGUUCAAGUGAACUUCUGUCUGUUCCUAC